AUGGAGGCCUCGUCUUCGGACUACAGCGACGAGGAAGUGGGGGUCAUCGCGCGGGGCCAGAAGCUCUGGGUGCGUGGUGUCCGAGCGCACACGACCUGCGCGGAUAUUGUCCGGGCGUUGCAGGAUGCUCCCGAAGCUGGUAGUGGAUUAAGUGAACACGGCGAAUGGGUUUUAGCUGAGAGAUGGAGAGGUGUGGAGAGACCUUUGCCACCCGACGCACCAGUCUUACACGUCCUAGCCGCUUGGGGCGAUGCCAGACACGAGGUGCGGCUCUCUCUUCGGCGGUUGUCCAGCGGGGGCGAGGACGAUUCGGGGAGAGACAGUGACGCCGGGAGCCGUGCUGGGGCCCGGAGGCGUCGCAAGAAAGGAGUCCGCGCCGCGACCCCGCCGCCCAAAGACCGCGAAGACCACGAUGACCCCGCCACGAAACUAGUCUCCAUUAUCCAGCAUCAGAGCAGGACGAUACACCAGCAGUUGGACAAGCUUAGGGAACAAGAAAAACUAAUCGAUCAUCUGGAGGACCAAACCCACAAGAAUCGAAUGGAAAAGCACGGAACCAACUACCUGCUUGAAUCAUACCUCCGAGACCUUGGGCGAUGCAGUGAAGUAAACGAUAGCCAAGCCGGGAACAGUGACAGCGGAGUUGGCGUUGGAAGCGGGACCCCUCCGAGGCGACACACUAAACAUAAAUCCAGAAGGGAAAGGCACUUAAUGAGGGAGCAUUACUUCACAAAAGAACUAACAGACAUCUGCCAAGUCAACUCAGAACGACUUACACAGACCCACACGGACACCGAUUCAGACGUUUCAGCAGACGAGCUUUCGAGGAUACGCGAGGAAAUUGAACUGUUAGAAAAGCUAGCGAUAAUCAACAAAAGGUUACACCGAGAAGAGGAACUAGUCGUGAGACUAACAGCGAAGGUAAAGCGAUACACGGACGAAAAUAAAGCGAACAGCUGCGAAAACGUCACUCAGGUCGCAUUGCUCAUCGAAAAGAUAGAAGAGGAGUUAGCGAAAACUGCACAAGAGAUGGAAAACAAUGCAACAGAAAUGGCGAGAACAGAUAGCGAAAUAGAAAGUAGAAUGAAAUUGCUAGAUGAAUUGACAUUGGAGUUGGAGGAGGAAGAGUUACAAAAUGCCGUUCUCGAGAGAAAGCUGAACGAGGCCUCCAGUCGACAGCCGAUUCUACUGCAAGAGAGCUACGUCCCUGUGCUAGAGCAAGCAAACAACCAGCCUGUGUUCUCAUACGGGGCAACGGGUUACGUUUUAGAUACACUCGUA